AUGAGUUCGAAAAUGCCAGAAACCCCGGAAAAAAGUUGGGUAAGCAAUUUUCAUUUUGACCUGAAAUUAUCAAAAGUCUGAAUUUAAAGUUGGCCGAAAAACUGAAUGUGAAAAAACUGCAAUUUUACCAUGGCGUUGUGACCCGCGAAGAUGUUCAAAAUAACUUGCGAGACUGUCAAAUUGGUGAUUUUUGUCUGAGAUCGGCGUUGAUGAAAACCGAAACUGUUUUGCGGAUUUUUUUGUGUGUGAAAAUUGGCGAGCAAGAGAUUGUGCAUUAUUUGCUGGAUUUUAAGGAUGAGAAAUUUGUGGUGAAACAAGAAAUUGAGAAGGAGGGAAAAGGAAAGAUUGUGCUGGAUUCGCCGGUUUUCAAAGGUGACGUGGUAAAGACACACAUAUCAAACUAAACAUAACUAAUUGUAGACUACGAUGAUAUGAUUCAAUAUUAUCGUCAUCAUCGUCUUGCAUGCGGAAUUCGUCUUCGAGCCUCAAUUCCUCGCCCAAAAUACCAAUUAAACCCCGCAAAAAUAUUCUACGAUAAAGAAGCAGGCAAACUUGGCGAAGGCAAUUUCUGCUUUGUCUAUCGCGGAAAAUUGCGAAGAAGUAAUGGACGAGAAGAAGAGAUUGCUGUAAAAGUGUCAAAAGCAACCGAUCAUAAUGUUGAUUCGGCCUCAAUUAUGGCGACUAGAAAUGAGCUUUUCGCUGAGGCCAAAUUAUUGACAGCUAUUCGUCAUCCACAUAUUAUUAAACUCUAUGGAACAUGUUGUGAUAGCCCACCGUUUUUGGUGGUUAUGGAGUUUUGUACGGGUGGAAGUGUGGAGAAUUUGGUGAAGAAUAUGGGUAAAGAUAUGGAAGAAUAUGAAAAACAAACUAUUUUGAUAGAUGUGAGGAUUUUUUUUCGGAAAAAAAUGCGAAAAAAUAAAAAUAAAACAACGAUACUCCGCAAUUCCACUGCAUUUUCGUGUAUUUCUCUCGGACAAUUUCCAAAUUUUUUUUCGGCAAAAAUCACUUUUCCCAAUAAUGCCCUCAAAAAAUUGAUUUUCUAGGCUUGUAGAGGAAUUCGCUACCUGCACGAGAAGAAAUGUGUUCAUCGCGAUUUGGCCGCCCGAAAUUGUCUGAUCUCCGCCGACGGUCUUAUAAAAGUCGCCGAUUUCGGUUUGAGCCGCGCACUUUUGGAAAAUCAAACUGCAUUUAAAGAGGCGCUCAAAGAAGCCCCAUUAGCCUGGCUUGCUCCCGAAUGUAUACAGAAGGAAUCGGAAUUUUCGACGAAAUCUGAUGUUUGGGCGUUUGGAGUAUUGUGUUAUGAAGUGUAUUUUGAUGGACGGAAACCGUUUGAAGAUGAAAAGGAUACGGGAAUUGUUAUAAGAAAUAUUAGAAAAGCAAAUAUGCCAACGAUUGGAGUACAAUCAAUAACUCCGAAGAUGGAUGAAAUGCUCAAUGGGAUUUGGACCAAGAAACCGGGUGAGUUGAAAUGUUGCCGACAGAAAAUUCACAGCCAAUUCAAAAAAUUUCAGAAGAUCGAAUCGAUAUUCAACAAUGCCUCGAAUUCCUCGUCGAAGCUUUAGUUCCCGGAAAUUUGGCGACAAUAAAACGAAUGCAAUUGAAUAAACUCGCAGGUGUUUUACGAAAGAAAAUGGCGAACACUGAUACAGAUCGAGAAGAAACUGAAAUGCCGUGUUUAUUGAAUAAAUCAUCAUCGGUUGAUACAAGAGUCAAAUUGUUGCGCAAAAAAUCAUCAACGACCGCAAAACGACGUGCAAAACUUGAGAAGAAAAAAUCGACGACUGCGGUUGAGGCAUUUUUGAAAAGUGAUGAAUGA